AUGUUGCAAGUGACAGCAGCCUGCCCUGCGUCCCAUGUGGUAUGCAUGCAAGAUGUAACCUUGUGCCACCAGCUGACCUACAUAGUAGCAGCUCCGGAGACCGCCAGGGUUCUAAUCCUUACAGAUGGAGACCUCUCUUCAGUAAAGCAUACCAAUUUGACUCUUCUGGUUAACCUAGCUCUACUGUCGCUGAGCCGAAACACUAUGGUUCAGGAAGGCUCCCUGCACCGCCUCACCAAACUUCGGACCUUGUCUCUGGGCCACAACCAUAUCCCCAGUUCUUCUCUGUCGGACACUUUCAGCGCUAAGCUGCAAGGCCUGCAGGUCCUGGUGCUGAGCCAUAAUGCCCUCCGCAGCCUGAGAGCAGCCUGGUUCCGGAAGACCAAGGCCCUGAGCCGACUCUUGCUGGAUGGAAAUCAGAUCACCAACCUCACGCGGAGUUCUUUUAAAGGCGUGAGUCUCUACAGACUCAGACAUCUGGAUUUUGAUAACAGUUUUACUUCCUUAAUUGAGAAGGAUGCCUUCCAGCCCCUGCCCCAAAGGCAGGAAGUGGAUCUUUCUAGAAGCAUGUUGGCUCACAUGCCAGAUGCAUUUACCCCACUGAAGCAGCUGAGCAGCCUAAGCUUGGAGCGGCACCACUGGAGCUGUACCUGUGACCUUUACCCGUUAGCCCGCUUUUUAAAAGUGAAGUCUCCGGCUCACACACUUCGUAAUACCAAGAACCUAAACUGUGAUGUGUCCCUCUCAGCUGUGGCCACUGCGAAGAACAUGCAGAGACUGUCUGAGUCCAACUGUGGCUCUAAGGGUCAUAACGUCACUCUGGCUCUAAAGGACAGGCGUCCUCUCCUCCCAGGGCAGGAUGUGGCUCUCAUCACUGUGCUUGGCUUUGCAGGAGCCAUUGGUCUUACAUGUGCAGGGUUAAUCAUAUUUAACUGGAAACUCCAACAAGGCAGAGCAAAUGAACGCAUAUCCAAAAACCUUUGUUGCAGAACCCUCAAUGAAUCCCUGUGUGCUUACGAAGCAAGAAAUGGCCGUGCCGUAGGGUACUGUAACUGCCACUUAACUCGAGAAAAUGAGACCGAGGUCAUGUCCGACGUGGGCUCCAGAAAGGAAACACCACGUAGACAGGACAACAGCCAUCAAACAAUGCCAGCCCCCACGUCCACAGCCCUGGACGUUUCAUUCAGAAAGCUGAAAGGGAGAGGCCAUGGGGCACACAGUGCUCGCUCUUGCCUGGGCGAUGAGCUGCUACAGGCAGGAUGCUCGUGGCCUCCGGGGAACAAGGAAGCUCUUUAUGAUGCAGAUUCAGUGACAAGAUGUUGUCCAAAGACAGCUGAAAAGCCAAACUACCAGAAGCAUGGAGAAGUCCAGUCUCAAAUCCUGCCACAGCAUGGAUCAAGAAUAAUAGAUAUGAGCAGUGACACACUUAGAAGCAGAUAUGCGACAUCUGUCCCAACCUUGGCAAGAGUGAGUCUUGGGAAACACUUAACAAACGAAUCGUGGCGGCCUCUGAUGGGAAAAGGACACAAUGCUGCACCGAGAGUGUUCAUCACCAGCUCAUCCUCCAAGCAACAGGAGCCAGGGGAAUGUGUUGUAGGCAGGAUUGCCCACAGACACAGAGUGGGAUAUGACCAUCAUCAGGACCCUUUAAAGCAGAGCAAGCCUACACAUUCUCAUUCCAAUACUUCCUUUACCUGCAAAUAUGUGUCCUGGGAUGCAUUUCAAGAUUUUAUGAGGCAGAAGAAGCCAGAUAGAAGAGAGCACACAGAAUCUGAGAAGCAACAAAUUCAAAUUAACAGAGCAAUAGAAAAAUUCCUCAGGACUCAAGGGAACAAAGAUAAAUCAAGGCUGUCAGCAAAAUUCAAGAAGGCAUAUUCUACAAAGAGGGUUAAAUUCCAGGACCCUGAUUCAGUUAGGACAAAAGGGCUGGUGAUGUCAGCAGAAACACCGGUCUCCUGGAGACAGCAAGAUAGUGAAAGCCAACACACGACUUCCUUGGAUAUCAAAAACUGCACCAGCAUGGAGGAGGUCAAGGAAGCAAGAGAAAAUCUUCCAGAGCAACAGGUUCUGAAGAAGAAGAGACUCAAAUCCUCCCAUCUGAGGGGGAAAGUGAAAGGACAGAAUGUAAGGCUAAAGGUAGAUCUGCACCCCUUUGGAAAAACUAGGGUCCACCCAGAGGAAUCCACAUCAGGACCCACCAGGAGACAUAAACAAACAAGGUUACCUCCCCAGAGACCAGCCAGAACUUCUGAGAGAAAAGUCAAAGCAAAAUCUGUGUCUUUCGUCCGUUCUCAGUUGCCAGAGAGGAGCAGCCAUGCUAAGCUCACUUGUUCAAAGGUGCCACUGGGACACACCCUACAUCAGACCCCUUCCCCUUAUCAGGAAAGAAAUGGCACCUUCAGAGCUGGCAGCUUGUCUGUAGACAAUUGGAGUUCUGAGCAGGGCAGCUGCUGCCCAAUGGGCCACACUCCUAAUGAGAGCUUAUUAAUGGUGCCUCAGCCGUCAGUCAGGGUUCCUGAGCACAAGCAUUCACAUCCUCUUCUCUCACCCCAGCAAAUGGAAAAUGCCACUCCUCCACAAGGGGAAGUUCUUGGCCCCUCCCCAGACUGUUUGGGAAAAGGAGAAAACAGUGUUUUACAAUCUCAACACUCCAGGGGGGUUAUUGACCAGGCAGUAAUGGUGUCCACUCAACACACAAACCAGGACAAAUUAAAGAUCAAUGAAUUAAAUCAGUUUACUUUGUUCCUUGGAGACCAGGUGAUCAACACCUUCAGCAAAGAUCACAUUUUGGAUGAGAAUCAAACUUUACAACAGGAAGAGCAAAAACCAGGCCAUGAACAGUGUGGAAGUGAGGAAAAACCAUUAACAAACACAUCCAACAUAUGCCAUGGAGGAGUGGAAAAUUGUAUUAUGGAUGGGAAAGAGAUUGAUGUAGGAAACAAGAUUUCUCACACAGAGGAUCAUGUAGCCUCUCCCACGGCCUGGACACAACCUUACAAUAACCUGCCAUUCCUGGUGCCACACUGUCUCCCACAGCAGCACAACUGCAGCGGGAGAGGAAGAGACACCAACACCCGAUCACAGGGAGAUAACAGAGGCGAACCAGCAGGGACGCAGGCAGGGGUGGGAGAACAGGGACACGCACUCCAGGAGAGAGAUACAAAUUCCCAUUCAGCAAGUUGGACAACACAAAUGGGCCCUGCAGAGGAAAGGCAGCAGACACUGGAAGGUUCAGGGAAGGAGAAACUUGUGUUGUGUUAUCCCAGCGCUGACAAGGAGACGGUUUCCAUUAAAGACUUGAGUAAAGUCCAAACUAGCAUGCUACAGAGUGAGACAGAUCCUCAAACUCACAACCAUGAGCCUCAUUGCAGAUACCCUGGAGAUAACCAACCAGAUAGAAAAGACAGGGAACACAGGGAAGCUGCCAGGUCAGGGGAGCACCAGGAGUUUCUUACCCCUCACAGGAGUUAA